GUAUUGUCUACGCAUGCGUUUCAUUAGUCGAUCUAAAAGUACAACACGAGAUUUUUAAAUAGACGAAACUAACGCGAAGAGUGCACAAAUAAGAAAACAGUCUGGCGGAUGAUAGCGGUGAGGUGAAAGUGAGACUGGUUGUAAUCAAUUUUAUAUACUUUUCAAGAACGUAAUUUUAAGUAAAAAGUUCCUGUAGACUGAAGAAAUGUUGACAAGAACCUCGCUAAUCCGCUCUGCUGUAAGAUCGAAUUUUAUAUUAAGAUGGAAGGACUAUUCCACGAAAGUGGAAUAUAAACCUAUUCGUAGUGUCUUAGUGGCAAAUAGAGGAGAAAUAGCAGUGAGGGUUUUUCGUGCUUGUAACGAAUUAGGUAUUAAAUCGGUGGCUAUAUAUUCAAAAGAAGACAGAGCGCAUAUUCACAGAUUAAAAGCAGACGAAAGUUACUUGGUAGGUGAGGGUUUACCCCCCGUAGAAGCAUAUUUAAACAUUCCAGAAAUAAUAAAUGUAUGUAAAGACAAUGGAAUCGAUGCCGUCCAUCCGGGAUAUGGUUUCCUUUCUGAGAGAUCAGAUUUCGCUCAAGCUGUCAUCGAUGCUGGUAUCCGAUUUAUCGGUCCUUCCCCGAAGGUUGUUCAUCAAAUGGGGGAUAAAGUGGCUGCUAGAGAAGCAGCAAUCGCAGCGGGAGUUCCAAUUGUACCUGGUACCGAUGGUCCUGUAACAUCAUCGGAAGCAGCCAAAGAUUUUUGUAACAAACAUGGACUCCCCGUGAUUUUCAAAGCAGCGUACGGCGGAGGCGGAAGAGGAAUGAGAGUCGUAAGAAAAAUGGAAGAAGUUGAAGAGAGUUUCAAUAGAGCUUCGUCGGAAGCCAAAAGCGCCUUCGGAAAUGGAGCCAUGUUCAUAGAAAAAUUCAUCGAAAGACCUCGACACAUCGAAGUUCAACUAUUAGGGGACAAAGCCGGUAACGUAGUCCAUCUGUACGAAAGGGAUUGUUCAGUGCAAAGGAGACAUCAAAAAGUCGUCGAAAUGGCCCCCGCGCCGCAUUUAGAUCCGAAAAUUCGAAACAGGAUGACGGAACUCGCCGUUAAAUUAGCCCGCCACGUCGGUUACGAAAAUGCCGGUACCGUCGAAUUUCUAUGCGACGAUAAGGGAAAUUUUUAUUUUAUAGAAGUAAACGCUAGAUUACAAGUUGAACAUACUGUUACCGAAGAAAUUACUGGUAUCGAUUUGGUGCAGUCGCAAAUUAAAAUCGCCGAAGGAAUGACCUUACCCGAACUGGGAAUCACCCAAGAAAAAAUAAAACCCAGCGGCUUUGCCAUCCAAUGUCGCGUCACCACCGAAGACCCCGCUAAGAAUUUCCAACCCGACACCGGUAGAAUAGAAGUAUUCCGUUCCGGUGAGGGUAUGGGUAUACGCCUAGACGGAGCGUCAGCUUUUGCUGGGGCCAUAAUUUCGCCUUACUACGAUUCCCUGCUCGUUAAAGUGAUAUCUCGUUCGAAGGAUUUGGCGAGCUCCUGCGCUAAAAUGACGAGAGCCCUAAGAGAAUUUCGAGUUAGAGGUGUUAAAACGAACAUACCAUUCUUAUUGAACGUACUUGAAAAUCAAAAAUUUCUCAACGGAUCGGUCGAUACGUAUUUCAUUGACGAGAAUCCGCAACUGUUCAAAUUUGCACCUACCAAAAAUCGCGCUCAAAAACUAUUGAAUUAUCUGGGAGAAGUAUUGGUGAACGGUCCUCAAACGCCAUUAGGUACUUCAUUGAAACCGGCCGAUAUCAGACCGCACGUUCCCGCCUCUUCAAAAGAGUACCUGUCCACCAAUCCAGAGCAGAAUCCAAGCGUUCAACCACCGAGAGGAUUCCGACAUAUUUACAAAGAACAAGGACCAGAAGCAUUCGCCAAAGCAAUACGUAACCACAAAGGACUUCUGCUCAUGGAUACGACAUUCCGUGAUGCCCAUCAAUCAUUAUUGGCGACUCGAGUACGUUCUCACGAUCUUUUGAAAAUCUCGCCGUUCGUUACUCACAAUUUUAGUCGAUUAUAUUCGUUGGAAAAUUGGGGCGGAGCGACGUUCGACGUGGCGCUAAGAUUCUUACAUGAAUGCCCAUGGGAGAGACUCGAAGAAAUGAGAAAAAUGAUACCAAACAUUCCGUUUCAGAUGCUCCUUAGAGGAGCCAAUGCCGUUGGAUAUACCAAUUAUCCUGAUAACGUUGUUUACAAAUUUUGUGAUUUGGCGGUGAAAACCGGUAUGGAUAUAUUCAGAGUAUUCGACUCUCUGAACUAUUUACCUAAUUUAGUUGUGGGAAUGGAUGCGGCGGGUAAAGCAGGAGGAAUCGUAGAAGCAGCCAUUUCUUAUUCGGGUGACGUUAGUGAUCCGAAUAAGAAAAAAUACGAUCUGAAAUAUUAUUUGAAUUUAGCCGAUGAAUUAGUAAAAGCCGGUACUCACGUUUUGGCUAUCAAAGACAUGGCUGGUUUGUUAAAACCAAAAGCAGCUAAAAUAUUAGUUUCCGCUAUAAGAGACAAAUACCCCGAUCUUCCGAUCCAUAUUCAUACUCAUGAUACGAGUGGUGCUGGGGUUGCUGCCAUGUUAGCUUGCGCCGAAGCCGGCGCGGACGUUGUAGAUGUCGCAGUCGAUUCAAUGUCCGGUUUAACUAGUCAACCGAGUAUGGGAGCUGUAGUAGCAAGCUUACAGGGUACUGAACACGAUACUGGCUUAAAAUUGCCGAUGAUUUCCGAAUAUUCGGCGUACUGGGAACAAACUAGGACAUUGUACGCUCCGUUUGAAUGUACAACGACGAUGAAAAGCGGUAACGCAGAUGUGUAUAAUAACGAAAUUCCCGGUGGACAGUACACCAAUUUGCAAUUCCAAGCAUAUUCUUUAGGAUUAGGAGAUUUCUUCGAAGAUGUGAAGAAAGCCUAUGCGGAAGCCAACAUACUUUUAGGAGAUAUAAUAAAAGUAACGCCUUCUUCGAAAGUAGUAGGGGAUUUAGCUCAAUUCAUGGUACAGAAUAAAUUAAGUACGCAAGACGUUUUGGACAAAGCCGAAGAAUUAUCGUUUCCGAAAUCGGUAGUUGAGUAUCUUCAAGGACACAUCGGGCAACCUUAUGGCGGUUUUCCCGAACCCCUUAGAUCUAAAGUUUUAAGGGAAAUGCCCCGAAUCGAAGGCAGACCAGGCGAAAGUCUUCCACCAUUAAAUUUCGAUAGUCUAUCGAAAGAUAUAAAAGAAAUGUUUCCGAAUGCUACAGACAAAGACGUUAUGUCAGCGGCUCUAUAUCCUCAAGUAACCAAAGAAUAUUUAGCUUUCAACGAAAAAUACGGACCGGUAGAUAAACUAGAUACUAGAAUAUUCCUCGUGGGACCUAAAGUGGGUGAAGAAUUCGAAGUAACUAUAGAAAAAGGAAAAACCUUGGGAAUAAAAACUUUAGCCGUAGCCGAGGAUUUAACGGAAAACGGGGAAAAGGAAGUUUUCUUCGAAUUAAACGGUACUUUGAGAUCGGUUUUGAUCAGAGACAAAGCCGCCCGACAAGAGAUGCAUCUUCAUCCGAAAGCCGAUAAAUUAAAUAAACAACAAAUAGGUGCUCCGAUGCCGGGUACCGUUAUUGAUAUAAGAGUGAAAAUCGGCGAGAAAGUGGAAAAAGGAACGCCGUUGGUAAUUUUAUCAGCGAUGAAAAUGGAAACCGUAGUCCAGAGUCCGGUAGCCGGUACAGUUAAGACGAUAGACGCAACUAUGGGAAUGAAAUUAGAAGCCGAAGAUUUAAUUAUUACAGUAGAAUAGUGAAUUAAUUAGAUUUAUAUAUUUAUAAAGUGUGAUCUAUUAGAAACGAAAACAUGAUCGGUCCAUGAACUAUUUCAGGGUCAUAUGAAACGUAUUUAACCAUUAUGUUGGUAACUGGAUAAUCGAGGUAUAUUUGUAUGAAUAGUAGAAAAUUCAAUAUCUUAUUUUACGUUCUCGAGUCGUCGUUUUUUAGCCUAAAAAACUAAUCGUGAGAUUAUCCAACUUAUUUUUUAACCCGUUAUAAACGAGAUUUUAUUUUUCACUCAUUUUCUAUAAAAUAAAGUUGGUUAGUGACUAAAUUCAAUAUUUAUAAGUAACUAACAUUAUUUAUAUAUUUUUUGAAUGGAUUACAAAAACAAAUGUGUUACAUAUAUUGGGUUGGCGACAAAGUAAUAUCGGUUUUGUAGUAAAAAAUAAAACGAAGAAUAGUUUUUAAUCAAUUAUAUAUUUUCCAUUGCGAUUAAAGUCGGUUUGUUAGCGCAAUCCCCACAAGAAAAAGUCCAUAUAUGUUAAAUCGGGACUGCGUGGAAUCUAACUUAUGUCACCUCUACUAGAGAUCAAUUUGCCAAGCAAAAUUUCACGAUGUGGUGGUAAAGAUCCAUUGGACGUGCGUGAACUUGUCUCAUUCAUGCUGGAACCAUUAAAGUUUUGUAGUUAAGCUUCGAAAAAGUCGUCUAACAUCGGUUCAUAACGCUUUGAAUAUAAUGAAAUAUGCAUUCUCUAAAAAGUAAGAGGAUAUAAUUCUUAGCGCUCGCAUCGCAGCCCAUAAGAUCACUUUAGGCGAUUAUAAGGGUGGUGUUUUGAACUUCUAGCUCUCCAACAGCGGCUAAUUUACUUGUUGACCUGUCCAUGUUAAUGGACAGGAAAGCGCUUAAUCGGCUGGUUUACGAAGUCGACCAGCAUCAAUUCUGGUACCAACUGAAUUUUGUAAGGUUGCAACUCUAAAUAUUUGUAUAAAUGCGAAAUUAUAAUGAUCUACACACGUUUAAAGCAACAGCAUGCUUACACAUAAACAAGUCGAGCGUUCUAGAAGACCUUGGAUGCUCCGACUUUUUGUUUUGUUUAUACUGAACACACAGUUUACACUACUACUACUACUUCACCCACACUCACAAUUACACUGUUUGAUAUGCGUUUCGAUAACCAAGUUAUCGUCUUCAGAGACUGAAAGAAAACACUUUUCCUUCAGUCUCUGAAGACGAUAAUUUGGUUAUCGAAACGCGUGUCAGACAGUUUAAUUGUGAGUGUUGGUGUAGUUGAGUAUGAAUAUCACCAACGGUUCCAAAAAUUCCAAUUCAGUCGGAUUUCGGUUUGUGCUGCUCUGGUUUUUUAAACGUCUCGACUUCACUCCACUUCCAGAUACAUGAUACAGUUUGAUAUUCCGCUCGCUCCUCCGAAUAGUUGUGUUCACACAAUAAUCAGAGAAUUUUUUUUAAGACACCUUGUAUUUCACCCAUACAAAUCCACCGGAUGUGUAUACCAUACUUAGUUGAUUUCUAUGGUAUAUACUGAGUGAAUUUAGUAUUGUGACGAUGAGGAUAAUUGUUCAUCGAUUGUCAAGUUUAUGUGGGUACUCAGGUACCCGCCUACUAAAAGACGGUAAAGUUGGUUACUAACAUAAGGGUUACACCUCAUUUAUUUAUGUAUGACACAACUAUCUAUGUUGUAUGUAUGACAUACCUUGAGAGGUUAAAGUCGUUCAGAAAAUGAAUUACGUAUAUUACCAUGUGAAGCGCGGCGUUUUCACAACAUUGAUUCAUGAUAUAAAACGGAAAUCGAACGAAAACUUAUUUAUGCUUAAUAUUAUAAAAUUUUUGUUAUAUUAGAAAAUGGUGGGAAAUUUUUUUGGUCGUUCGAACCACCUAAAUUAAAAUUGACUACAUCACUUAAUCCUAGUCUUUUGUAAGUAAACAUUAAUCCCACCGUAUAUAAUGUCAUUUUAAUAAAUUAUGAUUAAUUUUAGUUGAAAAGACUCAACAUCAAUAUUGGCUGUGUUGUUAGAAACACUUUUCUAUUUCUUUAUUUACUUUACAGAGUGUUGAAAAUAUUGUUAUAUAUACAUAUUCGAUUUUUAUAAUUUCAAAUUUUAGAUUGUUCUGUUUUCGACUAUUUGUUUAUAUAAAAUAUAUUUUUUUAAAACA